CUUGAGGCACGUCUCAAGCUUAUCGAGGAGAGCGGCGACAUAUUCGACGCGCCCCCGAAUGCCCUACUUAUCCACGCUUGCAAUUGCCAGGGCAGCUGGGGUGCAGGCAUCGCUAAGGCGUUCAAGGACAGUUAUGGAGAUGCAUAUCAUGACUACGUAGAUCAUUGCAACGAGAACAAGGCCGAAAGCCUCAUAGGGACAGCACUGCUUAUCCCACCAGCCGCAACCGCGCUCAAGCCAUCAAAUAACAAAUCAUCGCCGGAGCGCAAACACUUCGUAGGCUGCCUCUUCACCUCGCGCUUCUACGGUAAGCGGAAAGACAGUCCCACGAAGAUCCUCGAUGUCUCGGGUCCGGCGAUGGAGGACUUGCUGUCGCAAGUUGACGCAUGGAACGCCAAGGCGAAGCCGGACAGUCGUAUAGGCGAAGUGCGCAUGUGCAAGAUCAACUCCGGUUUGUUCGCAGUGCCAUGGCCGAAGACCAAGGCGGUUCUGAAGUCCAUUAAUGUAAGCAAGCGCGAUGUGACGGAGAUAAAGGUCAUCUCG